AUGGUCAGCACAUCAGUUAUUUUUGGAUUUACUUUGAUCCUCUGCUGUUGUUGUGUUUUGACAGUUGCCGAUCUGGCUAAAGAUUUACUGGAGUUCAAGAAACUGUUGCCGCGGCGUCGCAUUGAUUUGAUAGCGGCGAAAUACUAUAUCUUCGAUGAGGAGUUUCAACAUGCCGUCCAGUUUGUGCGAAGCAAUGAGUUCUCGGAGAUUCUGAAGCAGAUGCAAAAAUCACCACGAGCUUCCAAUUUGAUAGAUUACUUAAAGAAGAGCACAGAGGGUCAAGACUUGACUCCUGUGAUGAGAGAGUUGCAAAGAAUACUUCACAACUAUGAAAUCAAGCAAGUUUCGCCCGGGGACAUACGGAAUCGGGAAUUAAGCUCAUUUCUGUACGAGGUAACUCAAGUCUUGCCCCGACAACAAAUGCAUAAUUUGGCAGCGCGUAAACUGCGAGAGAGCAAACCAUUUGCAAAAUUCUACAAGGCACUAAAGGAUAAAGAGUUCAAGCAUCUGGUUACGGCAGCUAGGCAUUCGCAGGACCUGAGGAGGUCAAUAUACAAACUGUCCAUGAACGACGUUGACGUUGAUGAAAUCAUACAAAUGGUGUUUGAGUUAUUAAGCUGGGGUCCCAACCCCACGAGUGCUAGAAGAGUGGAAAGUCGAAUGAUUUCCACUCACUGCAUGUAAUAAUUAAGUAUUUUUGAAUUAUGAAUUACCCUGUAGCACAUCACUCAUUAAAUAUCCGAAACGGACAAAAACGACGAAAGCACCCAAAAAACAUUCCAAAGACUCAAAGUUAAGAUGCUUACCCCGAAAAUACAUGCAAAGUACGGCUUAAGUGCUUUUCAAACCGUAAA